AUGACCACCCUCUCUCCUCCUCCUCCGAGUUUCAAUCCUCUAAAACUCGCUCCCAAAUCCCUCAUUCCACCCAAACCGGCCUCUGCCUCCGAACCCGACCCGUCCGUUACAGAAACCCCAACCCCAGGUCCAAACCCGACACAAUCCCCCACCACCCUCCUCCACCUCGCUUUCAACCAAGACCACACCUGCUUCUCCGCCGCCACCGACUUCGGCUUCCGCGUCUACACCUGCGACCCCUUCCGCCACUUCCACAGCGACCCCUCCGGUCUACGCAGCGGCGUUGGAUUCGUCCAGAUGCUCUUCCACUGCCACUACUUCCCCGUCUUCGGCAGCGGACCCGACCCGGACUGUGUUCCGCCCGACUCCAAGCCUCUAAUCGACGACUUCUCCCUCACCCUCAACGUCGGGGAUCGAUGCCUCCUCGUUGGAUCCAACGGCGCCGACAAAACCAUGAUCCUCAGGAUUCUCGGAGGCAAGCACAUGGUCGACCCCAGCAUGGUCCGGGUUCUGGGUCGCUCGGCUUUCCACGACACCGCUCUCACCGGCUUCGGCGACCUGUCGUACCUAGGCGGAGAGUGGCGGCGUGACGUGGCGUUUGUUGGUUUCGACGUUCCGAUACAGAUGGAUGUUUGGGCUGAUAAAUUGAUCAAAGGAGAGUUGCAUAUUCAUCUCGGUUAUGUGCUUCUACUUGAUGAGAUCACGGUGGACCUUGAUGUGCUAGUGAGGGCGGACCUGCUCCAGUUCUUGAGGAAGGAAUGUGACGAGCGAGGUGCUAUGAUCGUUUCUCAAGCCCCAAAUUGCAGAGAGAGAGUCUGA